AGAGCUGUGAAUGGCCUGCUGUGUGUGCAGGGGAAGGAAGAGGUACAGAAAUGGUUGAGUGGAACUAUGGAUAGUUAGUCUUUAAAAAAGCUUUUUGGUUUCUCUGGGGGUUUUACUUUGUUGUUUUUGUUUGGUUUGUUUUUUAUUUUUUAAAAACCUUUGCACAGGUUUAAGAAUGAUAUUUUCACCCCUUCAUCUUCCCUUCAUCAAGAUGGGCAAGAAAGAGGCAAGGACUUUGGAAGACUAUAGUGGAAGGAGGCAAAAUGCCCUGAACACGGUUUCUGUUGCAGAAGAAGAGCAAGAGGAAACAAGGAGGGUCUUCGCUGUUGGCUGCGACUGUCCACAACUCUCAGGAGAAGACGUCCGACCUUCCAUCCGACACCCCUGCCGCAGCACGUUUCCAGCGCUGCCGGAGUGACCGAGGGAGCGGGGUUCCCCCACGGAGCCUCCCCGGCCCCGCCACCCGGGACCUGCUGCCGGAGUGACCGAGGGAGCGGGGUUCCCCCACGGAAGCCCUCCGGCCCCGCCACCCGGGGCCCGUCGUGCCCCCCCGCUCCCAGCCCCGGGGCCGCACCGGGGCGGUAAGUGCGGCUCCGCCGCCUCUCCCCCCCCCCCCCCCCCCCCCGCAGGGAGCGGCCCCCGGGGCGGGCGGGGGCGGGGGCAGCCCGGUGCCGGCGGGGAGCCCGUUCCCGGCGCGCUCGGCUCGGCUCUCGUCUCCCUGCCCGCCCUCCUCCUUCCCUCCGUCCGUCUGUCCGUCCCUCCCUCCGUCCGUCCCUCCCCGCCGCCGGCCGGCCGGCAGCGCCGUUGCGCAGCUCCCGAGGACGGGCUGGGGCCGGGACCCUCGGCGGCGGGCAGCGGCACCGGGCGCAGGGCGGGCGAGGCGAGGCGAGGCUGGACGGCCGCGGCAGGGGACGAGGCCGCCCGGGGCUGGCGGCGGGGGGCGGCGGCGGGGGCCCGGGGCGGCGGGGGGGCGCCGCCGGGGCCCGGCGCAUGGCGGCGGCGGCGGGGAGCAUCACCACGCUGCCGGCGCUGCCCGACGACGGGGGCAGCGGCGCCUUCCCCCCCGGCCACUUCAAGGACCCCAAACGGCUGUACUGCAAGAACGGCGGCUUCUUCCUGAGGAUCAACCCCGACGGCAGGGUGGACGGCGUCCGGGAGAAGAGCGACCCCCACAUCAAACUGCAACUUCAAGCAGAAGAAAGAGGAGUGGUGUCAAUCAAAGGCGUAAGUGCAAACCGCUUUCUGGCUAUGAAGGAGGACGGCAGGUUGCUGGCCUUGAAAUGUGCAACAGAAGAAUGUUUCUUUUUCGAGCGCUUGGAAUCCAAUAACUAUAACACUUACCGGUCACGGAAAUACUCUGAUUGGUACGUGGCACUGAAAAGAACUGGACAGUACAAACCUGGACCAAAAACUGGACCCGGACAGAAAGCUAUCCUUUUUCUUCCCAUGUCUGCUAAAAGCUGAUUUCCACGGCGGAUUCCGAGCACACACGCCACACUACACUAAAGACGUUGAGUUCCCUACCCCUACUCCUCUCCAAAGUAGCCAAAAUAUAAGCAAUCAUUUGCUGAUAUUAACUACUUUUGCAGAAACCAGAUUCAAGCACGAAUGUUUCAUACUGUCUUUAUAUUGCUCUUUAAACCUAUUGUGCCAGUGUGCGUGGAGGUAAAAUUACUUGGAAAAUAUAUUUUUC